CUUUCGUACUACGACCCAUCUCUCUCCCUCUCCCUCUCCCUCUCCCAAUCUCCAGUCAUCAACAGAAAUAUCGGGAAAGACCAUGAAGGCGAAACAUUUCCUGAGGUCGUCCCUGAAAAGGUGGAGCAAACUGGCCAGAAACACCAUCUCUUCUUCUUCCUCAGCCUGCGAGAGUUGCUCUCUCCAGUGGGUGUUUUGGCCAACCACGCAUCACGCAGACGACAAUGGCUUCAUCCCCAGAGACGUCCCAAAGGGUCACUUGGUGGUCUACGUUGGAGACGAUCACAAGCGGUUCGUGAUCAAGGUCAAAGUCUUGGGUCACCCGCUCUUCAGAGCGCUCUUGGAUCGAGCUCAAGAAGAGUACGACUAUAGUGCUGAUUCCAAGCUCUGCAUCCCCUGCGACGAGAAGAUGUUCGUGGACGUCGUUCGCUGCGCCGCGUCUCCCCACGAGCGUCAAUGCUGCAGUCUCUGUUUCUGACUGUGGCGACAGCAACGGCGGCGAUGAGAUUUUUGAGAGAUUCAAUUGAUUUGUGUAGCUACCAUAUAUAUAUGUAUGUAUGUUGUACACUAUGUAGAAUAUGUGCGCUUGUAAUAUGUAAUGUCGCGUAAUU